UCACUUGCUAACCUGACGCAUUUUCUCCACAUCCAUAUGUCUGUGGCUGGAUGUGGGAGCGAGACGCCUGCUGAGCGUGUAACGGCCGGAAAAGGACGCGCGGUCGCCGGCUACAGGACCCAAGAGCUGUCGCCCGACGACCAUGCCCUCCUCCUCUAAAUAGCCUCGGUGCGGGGUGGAAGGAUGGCGGCGGACGUGGAUAACAGAACCCCCGAGGAUGAGGGAGACGGUCCGCCGCAGAACAGGCGCCGGAGUGCGGGCUCAGGAUCGUGGGUGCCCCGGGUGAUGUGGACGCUGCUUGUGGUCGGUGCUGUUCCUCUGCUCGCUUUGGGGAUCAAGUGCUAUCAGGACGCUCAGCUCGUCAGACGUCAUGAGGAGAGUGUUCGAGUUCUAGGUGCCGAGGGGCUGUUUCUCUUCGCUUCGCUGGACACCGACCACGACCUCUAUCUCAGCCCUGAGGAGUUUAAACCUAUUGCUGAGAAACUCACAGGGAUCACAGCCCCUGUGGAUUUUGAGGAGGAAGUGAUCCAUGAUCCCAGCGGAGAGACUUUGACGUUGGAGGCCAAAAUGCAGCCUCUGCUGCUCGACUCUAUGACGAAAAGCAAAGAUGGUUUUCUCGGGGUUUCUCACAGCUCUCUGAGUGGGCUGCGCUCUUGGAAAAGCCCAGCGGUGCCUUCUUCUUCUUACUCCGCCAGCCAGUUCAGGGUCUUCCUGCCCCCAAAGAACAAGGCUGAAGUGGGAGACACGUGGUGGGUGAUGCCCAGUGAGCUCAACAUCUUUACUGGAUACCUGCCCAACAAUCGCUACCACCCUCCCAUACCAAAAGGGAAAGAGGUUCUCAUCCACUCCCUGCUGAGUAUGUUCCACCCUCGGCCCUUCAUUAAAUCACGUUUCGCUCCUCAGGGCGCAGUCGCCUGCAUCCGUGCCAGCAACGACUUUUACUAUGACAUUGUCAUCAGGAUUCAUGCAGAGUUCCAGCUCAACGAUGUUCCUGACUUUCCCUUCUGGUUCACCCCGGGCCAGUUCACUGGUAACAUCAUCCUCUCUAAAGACGCAUCUCAUGUCCGACACUUCCACCUCUACGUCCCUAACGACAGGUCUCUGAAUGUGGACAUGGAGUGGCUGUAUGGGGCCAGUGAGAGCAGCAACAUGGAGGUGGACAUUGGAUACCUGCCACAGUUAGAGCUGCAGUCCACAGGCCCCUCCACUCCCUCCAUCAUCAUGGACGAGGAGGGCAACGUCAUAGACAGACGGGAUGACGCCUCGGAGCCCAUCCAGUUUGUCUUUGAGGACAUCCUCUGGACAUCAGAGAUCAGUCAGCAAGAAGCCACUCGGCGUCUGGAGGUCACUCUCUACCCCUUUAAAAGGGUGUCCUACCUGCCUUUUUCCGAGGCCUUCGAGCGAGCCCAAGCAGAGAGGAAGCUGGUGCAUUCCAUUCUGCUUUGGGGAGCUUUAGACGACCAGUCCUGCUGAGGUUCGGGGCGAACUCUCCGGGAGACAGUCCUGGAAAGUUCGCCCGUCCUGGCCCUGCUCAACCAGAGCUUCGUCAGCAGCUGGUCUCUGGUCAAAGAGCUGGAGAACAUGCAGGCUGAUGAGCAGAACACUGUGCUGGGUGAAAAGGCUCGAUUACAUCUGGAGAAGUACAACUUCCCUGUGGAGAUGAUGGUGGCGCUGCCCAAUGGAACCAUUGUCCACCACAUCAACGCCAACUUCUUCCUGGACCAGACGGCCAUGAAGCCAGAGGAGGAAGGAGCAACAUUCAGCUUCUCUUCGGGGUUCGAGGACCCGUCCACAUCCACUUAUAUCAGCUUCCUGAAAGAGGGGCUGGAGAAAGCCAAGGAGUACCUGGCACAGUAAUGUGUCUGACAGAGGCUGAGAAUUUAAACGGGAGGAUAUGAUAAACAUUCCUUUGGGAAAACCCUCAGUCGUGUAGAGAAGAGAGAAGCCGUCUCAUCAGUGUUGGCAGCUGAGAAACGUUUUAUGCCUUCAAUCCUGUUUGUUACCAUUUAUUUGAAUGUCUCUCCUGGUUAAAAAUGGUUUUAUAUACAGUAUUUACAUUGAGAGAAAAAGUACAUAUACUGCUACUGUGUAUACUGUUAAUGUAAUACAUUUUAAUGAAAGAUAAAGGCCUGGCACUGAGCAGUAACAACCAAACACAUUUAGAUCUGCUCUCUGCUUGAAGCAGCUGAUGAAUGUGGAUACAAAAUGUAGGCAGAGGCCUGCCAAGUCAUUCUUCAGUGCAAGUGCUUAUGUCAUCUUAAAGACAAAUCAUAAGUGCAUCAACGUAUUUUUUGAUCAUUCUUCUUUAUAUCCCGGUGCUGCAUGUGCAAUAUUUAACGACUGAAUGAGUUUUUCCUGCUGAUGAUUCUACCCACAGAUGGCACCGGUGCCGCCUCCAGUUGUGUCUCAGCAGUUUGUGAAGACUUUGCCUGAAAGCUCUCUCUGGGCCGGGUGACGCCUGAUGUUGUUGCUGAGGCUGCUGGAGGAAACAACCGUCGCUGUCUCUGGGGACAAACACAGCUGGAAAAAUUAAACAGGGUAGCGCCACGUGAUUUAUUGAUGAUGAUUAUGAUUGUUGUUUUCUUUGAGUUUGAAACCAAAUGUUGAGAUAUUUGGCAGGUUUUCUGUUCAGAGGAAGAUGUAACCACACCAAAGAACUUUUUUGCUUGGGCAUUUGUCCACUUACUUCAUAUUUAUGUAACUCAGUGGAACCAAAUGGUCAUUUGUUUUGCAGAAUUGUUUGAUCCCUUAACUGAAAGGCACAUGGUGCUGUGUUCUGUCGUUACUCUCAAUGACACUCCAGUCAAACUACUAUGUUUGCUUGUGUCUUUUGUCAAAGAGGAAACACUUAAUAUUUUAAGGGGAAACACAAAUUACUGCCCUGUGGUUUAAUUAAUCCACCAAUAAGUGAAAUUCAGUCAACAUAAUUUUUUUCUGGACUCACGUGAGGUCAUUGUGACCUUUCACCACAGAAAUCAAAUCUGUUAAUCUUUCAGUCCAAGUGACAACUGGUCAAAAUAUGAAGUAAUUCCCUAAAGGCAGAUAUCAUUAUCAAGUGGCCAAACAUUUUUUGUGAUUCCACUGUGACCAUUCAAAUCUGUUAAUUAGUGAGUCUAAGUGAACAUUUGUGCUAAACUUGAAAGGAUUCUUUCAAGGCAUUCUUAAGAUUACACGUUCACAAGUGUAUGGUGAGGUCUCCUUUGACAUUAGACGAAGCCCAAGUGAAUGUUUGUGCCAAAUCCUAAAAGAUUCCCUCGAGAUGUCCCUGAUUUAUCAUGUGUCUUGUGAGGUCACAGUCACCUUAACCUUUGGCCACCAAAUUCUUAUCAGUUCAUCCUUGUUUCCAAGUGAAAGUUCUUGAUGUGUUCUUGAGAUAUGGUGUUCACAAGAAUGGGACAGAUGGGCAGACAACCUGAAAACAGAAUGCCUCCUGCCACUGGCUGUUGCAGCUACAGAGGCCUAAAAAAACAUGGCAACAUGGACACAAAAUGAGCUGUUUAUCACAGCAUGUCUAAUUUUGUGUGAAACAGGAGAACCCAGUAAUUUAAAAAAACUCAUCUGAUUAGUACCAGUGGAUUUUGAUAAUGAGAAUAACGUUGUAAGAGUAAAAUACAGACCUACAAGGUCCUGUCAGCGUGAAAUAUCUGACUGUUUGAAACCUGUUAUUCUACCAGUGGCAUUUUUUCACAAGGUGAAAUAAAAGUGUUUUUUACACAUUGAA